AUGGUGGUGAAAGGGGUACGCUCAAAAGUCUAUCAGCAAGUCAACCUCGACGACCAUGACAACUCAGAACGCAAAUCCAGAGUACUGGGUCGGACCGAGAACCAGUAUGAUAGGACUUUAAGUCUUUUUGAUGACUUUCUUGAGCUACAUCCCAAAGCCUCAUAUCCGCCCGAUAUACGAACUUACAAAGGAUUUAUGGAAUUUGUGAGCAAAAAUACGCGAGGUCGGCUGGGAGUAUUUCCUACACCUGAAACAAUGGAGGGAUUUCGCCGGCGGUUCGAGUCUGCACUCCGUCUACGUCGCGACUAUGAUAUGCCGAAUCAUAUAUCCACAACAAUCAUGCUUUUCCAGCCACUUCUGCAAAUACAACGUGGACGCCAAAGGAAGCUCGGGGCUCCAUUGGUCGGUUUAGCAGAUCUGUAUAAGAAUUGCCGUAAUAUUCCUAGAUUCGUACGUCGCCAAUAUCGAUGCAGUGCAGCUUGGAGAACCCUUGCUAUGCCGUACCAUUAA